AUGCGCUACGCUCUUUAUACCCUUGCCCUUGUCGGCGCAACCAUGACACUGGCGGUCCCGGUGUCUGUGACACCCAACAACAAGAACGAAACCCCACCAAAUGUUCCCGGCCGGAUCGGCACUCCGACCAACUUCCCCCCCAUCGCCGCGCUCAGCCACCUUGGCCACAGCUCCGGCACGGCCACUACCAACUGUGGAGCAUGCGAAGCAUCAGGCAGCGCUACCAGCAGCAGCCCGGUUAGCGUAAAUACCAGCGUCUGCGAAAAAUGUGAAAACGGCCAAGGUGUUGGCAUCAGUGUCAGCCUUGGAACCAACCCCAGUGCUUCUGCUGGAGCCAAUAUUGGUAGUAGCAUCAUUGGUGGCAGUGCGAAUGUUGGCGGUGAUGCUAAUGUUGGCACGGACGUCGAUGGAGGUGCAGAUGCUGGUGCUAGCGGUGGUGCUGGCGCUGGUGUUAGUGCUUCUGGAAGCGGGGAUGGUGGUGCAAACGGUGGUGCAGAUGUUGGUGCCAGUGGAAGCGAAGAUAUCAGCGGAGGUGCUAAUGCCGGCGACAAUGCUAGCGAAGGUGCUUCCGUCGGUGCUAGCGGUGAUACCGGCGCUGGCGUCGAUGCUACCGGAGGCGGAUAUGCCAGUGGAGGAGCCAACGUCAGCGGAGAUGUUAGCGGUAGUGCUAAUGCUGGUGCUGGCGGUGAUGUUAGCAGAGGCGCCAAUGUUGGUGCCAGUGGAAGCGGAGACGUCGGCGGAGGAGCCAAUGUUGGCGGAGGUACCAAUGCUGGUGGUGACGUUGGCGCUAACGUCGGUGGAGACGUCGGAGACAAUGUCGGUGCUGAUGUUGGUGGAAACGCAGGCGUUGGAUCCGAUGCCGGUGUCGGCGGAGAUGUUGGUGCUGGUGUUGGUGCUAACGUUGGCGAAAACUUGGGAGGCAACGCUAGUGGAAACGCAGCUGUCGGCACUGAUGCUGGUGUUGGUGGAGAUGCUGAUGCCGGACUUGGUGCUAAUGUCGGCGGGAACCUUGGUCUUGGCGGAGAAGUUGGUGUUGGUGUUGGUGGUGGAGUUGGCGCUGGUGCUGAUGCUGGCGAGGAUUGCGACGACUAA